UGUUUAUCAGUUUAUCAGAAGUGUCUGUUUAUCGUUCCCACAUUCACAUGUUCAGUCACUCAUCAAAAGUGCCGUUAGUCAGACAUUGGCAGACAUCUCUUCAUGAGAGGGAAAAGUACAAAUGGAUUUUAAAGGCAUAUGCAUGUUGGUGGCAUUUGUUCACCUAAACCUGCCAGCCGUGCAGGGUGGAGGGAGUGUGACGUACUCCACUAGAAGAGUCUGUGGUCUUAAAGGGGCAUCGGUGGUCCUGCCCUGCAAAUAUGACUACUCCUGGAUUGGGCACUAUGUCGGAGGAGAGUGGUAUGAAGAGAGGAGUGGGAGAGUCAGACAACACAGCAACUCUAAAUAUCCUGACUGCAGCCUGAAACUAGACAAACUUACAAAUGAUCAGUCUGGUGUUUACCACUUUCGGUUUUACACAUUCCUUAGUAACUGGAUAACAACAAAACCUGGGAUUACAGUGACUGUUACUGAUUUGGAGGUAAAGGAAGUUGAUGCAGGGAAUCAGAAUCAGAUUAAAGUGACCUGCAGCACCUCCUGCAGUUUGGGCUCUCAGUACAUCUGGUACAAGAAUGGACAGACUCUACAAGGCAAAACCACAGCCUCCAUACUAGUCCCAGGAGAUACCCAGGCCAGUUACUCCUGUGCUGUGAAAGGUUAUGAACGUCUACGUCCCCCUGCAAAGUGUGUUCCAGAUAAACUGUGCUGGGGUGUGACCUACUCCUUUGAGAAUACCUGUGUAUUAAUGGGCUCAUCAGUGGACAUUCCCUGCACUUACUUAAAUCCAGAACAUCAAAGUAUCGACAACACAUUUUGGUUUAAUACAAAAGAGUCUAACAAUCACCCAGAAGACCUGAUUUUGAAUGACAAGUAUACAAAUCAUGUGGAAUAUCUUGGAAACAAAAAAAGUAUCUGUACCUUGAAAAUGAAGGACCUCAGUGUCAGUCACUCUGGAGAAUAUGCCUUCAGGAUUACAACCAAAGAGGGAGAAAUCUACUCUGGAUUACCUGGAGUCAAUAUAUCUGUAACAGCUCUACAGGUGUUCAUAUCUCAUGAAACAGUGGAAGAAGGACAGGAAGUGACCUUCACCUGUAAUACUAGCUGUACUCUAAGUAGCAACCCCAUCUUCAUGUGGUACAAGAAUGGACAGCCUGUGACCUAUAAACACACAACCAGAGACAACAAGCUGCAUCUGAACCCAGUCAGCAGUGAGGAUACAGGCAGUUACUCCUGUGCUGUUAAGGGGCAUGAGAGUCUCUCCUCAACUGCUGUCUUUCUCAGCGUGAGACACAAGCCAACAGACGUCUCAGUUUCCAUCAGUCCCUCUGAUGGAAUAAAGGAGGGAACUUCAGUGACUCUGACCUGCAGCAGUGAUGCCAACCCACCAGUGCACACCUACACCUGGUACAUGAAGAGUGGAGCUGGAUCUGUUGUUAGGGGCACAGGGGAGAGCAUCAGCUUCAAUGUGACCUCUGAUACCAGUGGACUUUACUACUGUGAGGCACACAAUGAACUUGGCUCUCAGAACUCUACUGAUGCUGCAGUUCCUCCCAAAGAGGUUGUUGCCAUGAUCCUGCCAGCUAUAAUCACCAUGUUAAUCAUUCUUGCUGUCUUGCUGAUGCUCGGAAUUCUGCACUUGAGCAAGAAGAAAGCUAAAAUGACUGCAGACAGAAGGACCAAAAAUGUAAACACACAGAGGGACUCAGAUCUCGUGUACAGCACCGUUACAGUAAGAGCCACGACCUCUGACCCCACACAGAGAGUGACCACACAUCAUCAAGAUGAUGUUCACUACGCCAGCCUUCAGAUCAAUCGCUCCAAAAGACAGGAAGUGCCUCUAUACUCCGCUGUCCAGAAGCCUCAAACCUCUUCACAGGAUGAUGACAUUGCCUACGCUUCAGUCCAGUUUCAAAGAGGGAAUGCUGCCACCAGAGCUGCGGAUGACAGUGUGAUCUACAGUUCAGUCCACACGUCCUGACCGGCCUGGGAAUCAGCUGACCAGAAAUACCCUCUGGUCAUCUCAGCCCAUGCAGACAAUAGAAUUACCCUCUGGUCAUCUCAGCCCAUGCAGACAAUAGAAAUACCCUCUGGUCAUCUCAGCCCAUGCAGACAAUGUUGUUCUAUUUUACUUGCUGUUCAAUUAUUUACCAUCACUUCCUGUGUUUGGUUAAACAAUUGGUCACUGCUAUCUAGCUUCAUAGAACUACAUUUUGUCUAUGAUAUCAUAUCUAUUCAUAUUUGCUUCA